CGAUACUAUACUAUACUAAUCUUUAUGCUAUAAAAGAGGUUCUACUGCUUAACAAAUAAGUUCUUACUAGACCUCAUCUGUAGGGAAGUGGUCAACAUUAUAAGUUCAAACAUGAGGCGGAAUAUAAUUUUCGGGUUUUGUAUUGCAAUUUUCACAAUAAUAGAUUACGUUCAGUGCUCAUUUUUUACAAAUGACUAUAAAAGAACUCAAUCGUCGGCCUUCAGUGCUCAACCAUUAUCAAGUGAUGUUGCCUUUGCAUUUUUUACGGAAGCUCAACAGUACGGUGCAAAUAACUUGACCAGAGAUUUCAGUAAAGAACAGUGCCUUAGUGAUUUAGCUAAGAUAAAUGAAGGAAUUCUGGAUUUACAGGAAUGGGCUUUGGAAUGGCCCGAUUCAUGGGGCCGUAUGCCAGUUGGGUUAUUUUGGGGCCACACCAUCAGUAUGGGAGCAUUCGAGGAAUGCCUUGCAGCUUCUCAACAACUUACAACAACUCAUGCACUAAAAGGAAAAUAUUGCUUAGCCAAUAUUCCAAUCAAAGAAUACUAUUCCCAAGUUAAGCCCCGAAAUAAUGAUCGCAACGCUCGAACCAGCUAUAAACAAUCAGACCCAACAAUCUUUCAAUUAGGAAUUUGUAUGCCAAAAUCAUGUUCUGCUGAAAUGGGAAAUGACCUUCUGCAAAACGUCUUGAAAGGUGUAACUGGUGAAGAUUUUAAAAAGAAUAAUAUGGUUACAGAGGAAAUGUGUAGAACAGAUGAUCCAAUUGUUCUUCGUGGAAUUGAUAUUUUUGCGAUAGUAUUUGUAUGUGUCAUUGUAUUCAUCAUGAUUGUAAGCAGCAUAUACGAUGCAGUUCAGCUUAAAAAAGGACAAAAUGGAUAUCCACUUUUAACUGCAUUUUCGGUUUAUUCUAACGCUCCGAAGAUCUUCACAGUCAAACCAACAAACAAUCCCAAUAUUAUUCAUUGUUUGGCUGGCAUGAGAUCCAUAUCGAUGAUGUGGGUAGUAUUUGGACAUGGUUACAUGACUUUCAACAAAUUGCCUCAUUUGGAUAGGAAUAAAUUCUAUACAUGGCUUCAAACUCCAUACUCUAUGCUUGUGCAAAAUGCAACCUUUUGCGUAGAUACUUUCUUCUUUAUGAGCGGUUUGCUGAUGCUUUGGGGUGUUUUCCGUGAAAUGGAAAAAAACAAAGGUAAAAUCAACAUACCUAUGAUGUACUUUCAUCGAUAUAUUCGUCUUACACCAGUGCUAGCAGUGCUUAUUUUGUAUAUCAUGAGCUUGUACAAAUAUUCAGGAGACGGGCCAAUGUGGAUGCAGAUAGCAACUGAUGAUAAAAAAUGUAGUGACACUUGGUGGGCAACUUUACUCUACGUACAAAACUACGUGUAUCCUUAUAAUUACUGUAUUGGUCAAUCAUGGUACUUGGCGGUGGAUACUCAGCUAUAUGUGCUUUCACCACUAUUUCUCAUCCCACUAUGGAAAUGGGGGAAGAAAGCACUUGGUCCCAUCAUUGUAUUUGGUUUACUCUGCAUGGCAUGUACCUAUGCUACUUUUAUGAAAAACGGAUUUACACUGUUUAGAGUACAAGAUGAUAAUGUUGAUCGCCGUCAAGCACUUACUUACUAUCCAACGCAUACUCGAGUUCCAACAUGGCUGAUUGGUGUCAUUUUUGGUUACUUCUUCUUCAAAUACAACCGUGGCCGACAAAUUGCAAUGAAUAAAAUGCUAGUUAUCUUAGGAUGGACUGUUGCAUUUGGAACAAUGUUAAGUUGUAUUUGGGGACCAUAUUGGAGAAUUCUACCAGGCAGUCCGGUUGGACCAACUUAUGAAGCAGCUCUUUACGAACCAAUAAGCAGAGCUUCAUGGGCUUGUGCAAUGGGUUGGAUUGUAUGGGCUUGUUAUAACGGACAUGGUGGAAUCAUCAAUGAUUUUCUAUCUUGGGGCUUCUUUCAAGGACUUGCACGUUUGUCGUACUGCAUGUAUAUUAUUCAUAGAGCGGUACAAGUUGUCAACGGUGGUCGAGUACAGCAUGAUACUAAAUUUGGAGAUUAUGAAGCUCUUCUUCGCUGGUGGCAUGAUUUUGGAAUAACUUUGACAUUGGCGUGUUUUGCAACAUUAGCAUUUGAAGCACCUAUUCUUGGAAUUGAAAAGGCAAUAUUCGGGAGGGGCAAAUCAUCAGAGCCAAAGAAACCGAAGGAACUAUUGGUAGUUUCUGUAGAAGGAACAAGAACUGAAAAAAGCUAAUCAAAUAUUUAAUAAAAAUAAUAAUAAAUAAGUUGUAAGAUAGUUUUAUAAGAAAAUAGAAAAUAUGA